AUGGUGAAACGCUUCCUCCUCACUGUGUCUGGAAGUGAUCCCAAGGAGGGAGUGAUUGUUCAUGUCGAGCGCAAAAACGUCACCGUAAGAAAACUACAAGUCCCAAGACCACUCUUGGUGAAAGCGAGGCUGUGUAAACACUAUUCCAGGAACAUGAAAAGAUCGGAUGACAGUGAGAGGGAGAAGAGAAGAAAGAGGCGUAGGCUCCUCCAGGAGCUGGGGGACCAGAGGAUCCCCUUCCUCUCGCCCUCUGACCCUGGCUUCCAGCAGCUGUGGGACUCCAGCUACUCUGGGCUGGCCCUGCGUCCAUCGCUCGCCCUCCCCGACGGCCUCCACGAGCGCGUGCAGCAGGCCCUGUGCACUCUCCGGCGUCGCGGCUGUCUGCUGAGGGACCUGGUGCGCGUGCGCGACCGCGACGUCUUCACCGCCGUCUCCCGCGCCCUCCUGGGCCAGCCGGGCCACACCUACCGCUACUGGAUGAGCGCCUCGCCAUCCAUCCCUGCAGCGCGGGCCCUUGGGGAGUCCUGCUGCGAUGCCGACCUGCGUUCCGCCUGCCGGGCAUUGUGGGAGCUCAACCGCUUCUUCAACCAGGACGUCCAGAAGGAACAGGAGGCCCGCUGCCACAGAAAAGACUGCAGGAAGGGCCCGCGGAGCAACGAGUUGUGGCGAGACAAAGGCAAGGGCGUCGCUGACCAGGGGGAAGGGACCGGCGAGGGCACGUGCGGAACGAGCGCGAGCAUAAAGGAAGGGAAAGAGGGAGAAGAAAUGGAGAAGAAAGAGCAGAAGGAGGAGGAGGAGGAGGAGGAGGAGGACGAGGAGGAGGAAGAGGAGGAUGCAAAAGAGUGUGCGACAAUCAGCCUUGAGGCCGGGCGGCGAGGCAGGGAUGCUGGGAAGGACACCCAGGCGGGGGCUGGCCCGGUCGUGCAGGCUCCUGGGGCAACAGCGGGGCUGGGGGCCUUGAGCUCGCCUCGCUCACUCCAUUACCGCUGCCGCACCGCGCCGCUGCACCCGGAGCUCCCAGAGACCUGGCUCCCAGCCCGCGAGGAGCCUCUAUUCCCCAGCUGGGGCCUGGGCUCAGCGCGGGAGUCGGAGGCGGCCGAGGCAGGGGAUGCUGGGAAGGACACCCAGAGCGGGGGCUCGGCCGAGUCGUGCAGCGCCGAGGCUCCUGGGAGCAGCAGCGAGACUGGGGACAGCCAGGCUGACUCCGUCAGCCAGGUGGGGGACGGUGCCGGUGGUGGUGGCGGGAAGAAACAGGCCUGCUGGAGGGUGGGGCUGAAGGUGGCCUGGGACAUCCACACCCCGGGCCUUGCCCUGCCCCUGCAGUCUGGAGACUGCUACUACAUGACUGAUGAUCUGAACCGGACACACCAGCACUGUGUUUUGGCCGGAGACACAGCCCGAUUCAGCUCCACACACCGAGUGGCCCAGUGCUCCACAGGCACGUUGGACUACAUCCAGAGGCGUUGCGCGGAGGCCCUGCACAACCUGAAGGUUGACCCCGACACGGGCACCAAGAGCCUGCACUCGCUCCUCCCCAGCACCCUGGAGCACUGCGAGGAGAUCCACAACGAGGUGGAGUUUGAGUGGCUGAGGCAGUACUGGUUCCAGGGCCGACGCUACGCCCGCUUCUGCAGCUGGUGGAGUCAACCCAUGGAGCAGCUGGAGAGGGACUGGAGGCAGAUGGAGGUCAUGACUCAUCUGCUGCUGGGCGUGGUGGAGGAUGAGAGCACCGCACAAGAGGGCAGGAGGGAGAUGGCCGACACCCUGCUCAACGCCCUCACUGACCGACAGCAGCACAGACAGACAUGGAGAGACCGGUGCCAGUCCAGUCUUGCCCAGACGCUGCCCCCCGAGGAGGCCCCCGUGGACCGCCCCUACUGGGACUCCGAUGACCCCGAGAUGCUCCUGCCCUUUGACCUGGCUGACAUCAUCAACCGGGUGGAGUCACUUCUAUGGAGGUGA